CCGAGCCCUCAUCCUGCACCGCCCCGCCCGCCCCCGACUUGGAUCUCCGCCUCUCACCUCCGCUUUUGGGUUCCAUCAGAUAAUCUUUCCAGGAUGGGUGAACCAAACGGCAUUGAAAAUGCAAUGGUACAUGACAAUGAGAUGGCUGUUGGUGAGGAGAUGAUACAUGGCAAUGAAAUGGCUGAUGGUAACGAGAUGAUCCAUGGUGAUGAGAUGGUUCAAGGGAACGAGAUGGUUCAUGGUGACGAGAUGAUUCAUGAUGACGAGAUGAUCCAUGGUAAUGAGAUGAUUCAAGUCGAGGACAUGAUCCAUGGUAAUGAGAUGAUUCAUGUUAACGACAUGGUCAAUGGCGAUGAGAUGGCCCAUGGUCAUGAGUUGGUCAGUGCUGAGGUGACCCCACCAACCUUAACAAGACGCCGCAGAAAGAAAUCACUAGUAUGGGAGCACUUCACUAUUGAACCUGUGCCUGGUGAGAGGGGAUGCCAACGAGCAUGCUGCAACCUAUGCAAGGCAACCUUUGCAUACAGUUCUGGUACAAAAAUUGCAGGCACUAGCCAUCUCAAGAGGCACAUCACACUUGGUUCAUGUCCCAUGAUAAAAAACCAAGAGAGGAAGAUGGCUCUGAAUUCAGCUGGAGGAAUGACCGACAAUGAUGGUGAGGGUACCGCAGAACGUCCUACUAAGAGGCGUUACAGAUACACUGGCUUUGCGAAUGCUACAUUUGAUCAAGACCGUAGCAGCUCAUAUCUGGCGAAGCUGAUCAUUUUGCAUGACUACCCACUUCAUAUUGUUCAACAGCCAGCCUUCACAGCUUUGACCGAGAGCCUGCAGCCACGUUUCAGGGUCGCGGACGUUGAUACAAUGGAGGGAGAGGUGUAUGCUGUUUACCAGAAAGGAAAAGAAAGCCUACUGCAAUCAUUGAGCAGUAUGCCUGGAAGGAUCAGCCUCACCAUAGGAUUGUGGACAACUAGUCAGACUCUUGGCUAUGUUUCACUUGCAGGGCAGUUUAUUGACACGGAUUGGAAAGUGCAUCGAAGAAUGCUCAACUUCAUGAUGGUGUCUUCUCCCCAUUCAGAAAAUGCACUUAGUGAAGCUAUUAGCUCAAGCCUAACAGACUGGAAUUUGAAGGACAAGCUAUUCACCAUCACAUUGGAUAAUGAUUGCUCAUCCCAUGAUAUCUACAGUGCAAAUCUGAGAGAUCAUCUCUCCAAUAAGAACAACCUCAUGCUUAAGGGCCAGCUGUUUGUUGUGAGGUGCUAUGCCAAUAUCCUCAAUGCAGUUGCACAUGAUGUGAUUGCUUCAAUUCACGGUGUGAUCUAUAAUAUCCGCGAAAGCAUAAAAUUCAUCAAAGCUUCUUCUGCCCGGGAGGAGAGGUUUGCUGAGAUUGCUCUGCAGCUGGAGAUCCCCAGCACCAAGACCCUGUGCCUUGAUGUUACAACACAGUGGAAUACCACUUACCUUAUGCUGCUUGCUGCCUUGGAUUAUAGGCAGGCGUUCACCACACUAGAGACAUGUGAUGAUAACUACAAUGAGUCACCUUCUGCGGAGGACUGGAAGAGGGUGGAGGCUGCCUGCAACUAUCUGAAGUUUCUCUAUGAUUCUGCACAUAGCAUCAUGGCAGCAGCAAAUCCAACUUCUAACUUAUUUUUCCAUGAGGCGUGGAAACUUCAGCUAGAACUUUCAAAUGCCAUAACCCAUGAAGAUCAAGUUUUUAGUAGCAUCGCCAAAGAGAUGCACGAGAGGUUUGACAAGUACUGGAAGGACUGCAACCUUGUUCUGGCUAUUGCUGUUGUCAUGGACCCUCGUUUCAAGAUGAAACUUGUGGAGUUCAGCUACUCUAAAAUCUAUGGCGUGGAGGCAGCAAAGUAUGUUAAGGUGGUGGAUGAUGCUCUUCAUGACCUUUACAAGGAUUAUGCUGCACAGCCCCUUGCCUCGACAGGGGAAGCUAAUAAAAAUGCGCCUGCCAAUAACAAUACGGCAGCUGCACCUUCUACUGGGGAUGGACUUCUAGACUUUGACAUGUAUCUUUCAGAGAUUGCAAUAAGCCAGCCCUCAAAAUCUGAGCUGGAGCAGUACCUGGACGAAGCCCUGACGCCUCGCAUCCAAGACUUUGAGAUUGUGGACUGGUGGAAGCUUAACACCCUUAAGUUUCCAACACUGUCCAAGAUGGCCCGUGAUAUCCUGGCCAUCCCUAUGUCUAUGGUGAGCAGCGGCGGCUCCAUAUUUUCAGCGGCGACAACAGGAAGCCGGAUGCUUGAUGACUACAGGAGCUCACUGCGUCCUGAAAUUGUGGAGGCGCUGUUCUGUGCAAAAGACUGGCUGCAGUAUGCGCCGCCUCCUCCUGCAGAAGCUCCUGGAUCUGCAGGGGUGAAGCUGGAGUAAUAGGUUGAUAGUAGUAGCCUGUACCUGCCUUGUGAAGAAGGCUAGUUGGUGUUGAGCCUAGAUUGUGCUAGCGGUGCUGUCGAACAUAGGUUGUCGCUGGAUAACGUUCUAAGCUGUUCCUUAGAUGUAAUUCGUACUCUAAAUUAUUCCUGCUAUACUGAUUGCGGGCUAUCUCUUAGAUGUGAUUCGUCUGUCGUCUUGA